UCCGCGUCGCGGCCCCGUGCGCUGCGCCCCCCAAAUUCCCCUCCCUCUCCCUCUCAGUCCAACACCUGCGCUCGCUCGCGAGAGAGACAGUCGGCCAGCGCGGGCAGGCAUGGCCACUUCCAGGGGCGGCCCCGCGGCCUCCUCCCACCUCGUCGUGCUCCCCUCCUACCCCCAGAUGAUCGUGGAGGCGAUCGCGUCGCUGCGGGAGGACAACGGCUCCAGCCAGGCCGCCAUCGCGCGCCGCAUCGAGGCCGCCCACGGCGCCGCCGGCGACCUCCCGCCCUCCCACCCCGCCCUCGUCGCCGCCCACCUCUCCCGCAUGGCCGCCGCCGCCGAGCUCGUCGCCCUCGCCGGCGGCAAGUACGCGCUCCCCACCCCGCCCUCCAGGUGCCCCGCCGUCGAACAGCCGGACGCGGAGGAGCUGGACGACGACGACUCCCCCGACGACGACUCCCCCGACCACGCGCCCCUGCCGCCGCCGCCCGCCAAGCGCGGCCGCGGCCGCCCCCCGAAGGUGCGCCCGCCAGGGUUCCCCAUCAGCGCCCCCGCCGGAACACCCAUCGGCGCCCCUACUAGCACCAACGGGCUACCCGUCCCCGCCGCGGCUCCCGCCGCGCCGCGCCGGCGCGGCCGCCCGCCCAAGCCGCGGGACCCGCUGGCCCCGCCCAAGGUCGCGCGCCCGCGCGGCCGGCCGCGCAAGAACCCGCUCCCCGACGGCAUGGUGCAGAUCCCGCGCCCCGGCUCCACCGCCGCCAAGCCCCGCGCGCAGUUCGCCGAGGUCGGCUUCGUGUGA